AACGCAUCUGCGCAUUCUUUAGUCUCUAUUACUAUAUCUCAGCCUAAUCGGCACACGCAGUAGCAGGUCUGGCACGAAUUCCCUACCAUCUUCCUUCACUAUCAUUCACAGCAUCCAUCCACUCUGAAUCGCGGGGCCCAUCCUCGAGUGCUUUGUGGUGAUGAUAGGUAGCGAGCAAAGAAACAUUUGCUGGGAGGAGAUUGACUGGCCACGGAACAACAACAGUCAACGUCACGGCACCUCGAGCUCCGUUAUAGAGGUUUAGCCCCUUUCACAAAUCACCAUCUUGCCCAGGUGCUUCCUCCUGUCUCACAAUGCUACUCCUCUCACCGGUAUUCCUCUUCCCCUCCCUCCUUCUCCUCGUCAUCCUCACUCUCGUCCGCCGUCUUCGAUCCCCGUUAGCCCGUCUACCUGGGCCGCGAUACUCUCUCUUCACAUCCCUCCUCAUCAAAUGGGCCGAGUUCCACGCCCAGCGCACACGGUUCGUGCAUGAUCUGCACCUUCGCUACGGCCCCGUGGUGCGCAUCGCGCCCAACGAGGUCAGCUUCAGCUCGGCCGCCGCGGUCAAGGAGAUCUACUGCUCCGGCGGCAGCGGCUACGACAAAACGGAGUUCUACAACCUGUUCACCGUCUAUGGGCGGCGGACCAUGUUCUCGACGCUCAACAAGGAUGCCCAUGCCCGACGGAAGCGGGCCCUGGCAGACAGGUAUGCGAACAGCAACGUGACGCGGGGCGAGAGUAUCGAGGGGAUCGAGGAGCGCGGCAGGCGGUUCGUACACCGGGUAGAGGGGUCCCGCGGCGACGAGGUGGAUAUUUACACCGCCCUGCACGCCUAUGCAUUCGACUGCGCCUCGCAUCACAUCUUCCAUCCCCUCGGCGCGGACUCGUUGCGCCAGGGCAAAGACGAGGAGAUCAUGCUCGAGGUCACGUCGGAUUCUUCCCUGCAGAACCGUCUGGUCAGGUACUACUCCCCGACCCUGCACAGCAUCAUCAGCUCCGUCCUCAACCUCAUCGCCCCGCCGAGGGACACGCCGCUGGCCGACAACUUCGUCCUGGACGCUACAGACAAGGGCUCCGAGGCGCGGCCGUUUACCCUGAUGAGCAGGCUGAGCGACAAGGCUUGGGAUCUGGAGAGCACGACUGUCGCGGCUGAGUGUCUGGACCACAUGGUCGCCGGCAUCGACACCACUGGUGACGCCCUCUGUUUUCUGAUGUGGGAGCUGUCACAGCCUAGAUCCUCGGGCUUCCAGGACAAGAUGCGCGCGGAGCUGCGCGCCAGGGGACAGAGCGAGAGCUGGGAUAAACUGUCGUAUCUGGAUGCGGUGGUGAUGGAAGGUCUUCGAUGUUAUCCCGCCAUCCCAAUGUCACUCCCUCGAUACGUGCCAGCCGGUGGGAGGACGAUCGAUGGGUACUUCAUCCCAGAGCACACCAUCGUCAGCUCGCAGGCCUACUCGGUCCACCGUAUAGAUGAGACCGUUUUUCCCGAGCCUGACAAAUUCAACCCUGAGAGAUGGCUUGCGGACGACGGUAAAGACGCUGUGAGAAAAAGGGCGUUCUUCGCGUUCGCAAACGGCGGACGGGGCUGUGUUGGCAAGCAUCUCGCGCUGGCGGAGAUGAAGAUCCUGCUGAGGGAUGUUUACUCGCGGUACAGCACUGUGCCGGGCCAGGGCAUGAGGCAGGAGAUGAUGGAGAUGGAGGACACGUUGAUCUCAGCUAGGCCAAAGGCCCAGAGAUGCCUUAUGCGGUUCGUUGCAGAUGAAUGAAUGGGAGGGGCGAAGGAUUACUACGGCUUGUGCUGGGUUGGGUUCAGAUGGACUGGGCUCCUGCCAUCUACAAAUUGAUCCAAAAUAUCAAUCCUCCACCCUUCCUACCUUCCUUUUAUAGAUCACAGCCAUGACUCAAUAAAAUCUUGAGGAGACAC